AAAGAAAAAAAAAGGAAGUGUCGUGAGGAAUCUGCUUAGCGGCAGCUGUACACACAUACACGUGUAUCCAGAGGUGCUGUGAAGAUAAAUAGUUUCCAUCAGGAUGGCAAAGAGUUUGCGCAGCAAGUGGAGGAGAAAGAUGAGGGCGGAGAAAAGAAAGAAAGUUGCACCCAAAGAGCUGGCACGACUCAAAACAGUGCUGGGUCAGGGAGAGAAAGGAGAGAUCACCAUGAAAGAUGUCGCUGAGAUCGCCACCGUUGUGCCGCCUGAGAAAGUGAAGAAGCCAGAAGAUGUUGAGAUGCAGAAAGAAGAUGCGGAUGGUGGAAAGAUGGAUUUAGACACUAAACGCAAUAAAAAGACAAUGUUGGACGAUCAAGGACGGUAUCCGGUCUGGAUGAAUCAAAGGCAAGUGAAGAAGGUGAAAGCCAAACGUACGGCUAAAAAAGGAAAACCUAAGAUUAAGAAGGGGCUCGCCUGGUAGAUGAACUGAUGUGCUUGUGCACGGACAUUAUUCCUGUCACAGCUGUACAGGAGCCUUGCUGUGCAUCUUUUUCAUGUACAUUCUUUUUA